AUGGAAAGUUUUAUAGACUUGAAUUAACUAGAGCCUAUUCCAUACAAAAAUACGAUUGCCGUAUUGAAUGAAUAUAUGCUUUAGAACAUUGACUUUUUGAACAAAUUCGGACAUUUCAAUGAAAACAAAUUAUUUGAGAUGGAAGUAGUUCUUGAUGAGAUUGAAUCUAAAGUACUUUUAUUGGAAAAGAAACUGGAAUCAGUGCCUCCUGAAUUCUUAAAUGGAUUGGUGGUGCCUCCUCUUCAAUAACAAUAGUAAGUGGCACAACCCCAGUCUGUAUAACAAUAAAAUGAUCAAAAUAAUGCUAUUCCUCCUCCUCCUCCACCACCUCCGCCUCCUCCUUAAAACUAUUAAUAGGCUGUACAAAAUUAAGAAGCCUCUUAUGCUGCUGCUAUUCCAUCACCACCUUAAAUUGAAUAAUAAUAAGGAGCAUAAGCUGAAUAAGUUUAAGAGGAGCAACCCUAAUAAUAAGAGGAAGUUGAAGAUGAAAGAUUAGAUAAAUACAAAAAACUAUUAAGUUAUGGAGUCAAUUCUUAAUAGUUGAAAAUGAAAAUGUAGAUGGAAGGUUUGGACCCAAAUUUAUUAGACAAGUAUUUGACUUGAUAAUGUAUCAAAUUUAAUAUAUAUAUAAUAAAUAUUUAUU